AUGAAAGAUUUGUCAUUGGUUGUUGUUGAUGAUAGUGCCGUCAUCGUAGUAUCGUACGACGAUUUUGUUGUUGAUUUUUUACCCGUGAUAAAAACAAACAUUUAUUUUAUCAUCGUUGUCUUUGUGCGUGAAAGCCGGGCGGCCGCCGUUACCGGUGUCGUACACUCGUACAUGAUAGUCAUAGAUGUUGUAAAACAUAUGUCGUAUGUGCGUACUUGUUACUGUUAUCAUAGUGUGUGAUUACUGAUUAGCAUUUUUUAUUCUCCUUUUUAUCAUUCUAAACGAGGUUUUGAAAUUUGAAUAAGCGUUUAUGUUUACGAUACAAACAACAAGUAGGCAAUUACAGGCAUAGUACUAAUUGUAUUGUACCUACGUGAAGUCCAUUUCUAUUGGAAUCGAAGCGAGUUCAACAUACUUUGGCUGGAGGAUUCGGUGACAACGCCGCACGUUACAACGGUUUUGAAACAUACAACACUGAAAUUUCAAUUAAUUAUACACAAUGUCAAUUAAGGAUGUACGUUUUGGCUUCAAUUUUCUCACGGACACAAAUAUCAAGGCGUGUAUGGAUACUGUAAGAGAAUUGGAACUAACUUUUGCCUGUUUACAUGUGUCAAAUCUUAGGUUAAAAUCGAAUUCUAAAGUAUUAGAUCCAUCUAGUACUGUUAUGAAUCCUGAGUUUUGUCAAAAGUGGUGUCAUUGUGUUGUUGCAAACAUUUCUCAACCUAAUGUUGAUUCAGAAACUGAAAGUACCAGACUAGAAAAUCAAAAAUCUUUUACAGAAGACAUUUCAUGGGCUACAUUUUUAAAUGUAUAUUGCAUUAUGUUUGAGUUACCAUUACAUGGAGAUGUUGUAAAUUUGGUUAGAUUGCUGGACAAUCAAAUUGAUAUUUAUAUAAAUUCUGCUGUAUUAAUACAGUUUUGGGCAUUAGUACCAAUAGUCAACUUAAAAACAGACCCUUGGAAAAAAUGGACUAAAUUCAUAUCAUCAAUAAGAAAUGUAAAUAGAAUAAAAUUAGCAUUAGAAAUUGGGGCUGAGCUACCUAGUGACGAAGAACUUGACCGUUGGUUAGGAGAACCAGUUGCAGCUUUAAUAAUACAGUCCAACAUAUUUAUAACCAAUAAAAAAGGUUACCCAGUGUUAUCUAAGCCUCAUCAAGAAUUUAUUAAAAAAAUGUUCAAUAUAGGCUGUCAAAUUGUAAUAUCUGGACAGUUAGGUAUUAAACAACAAUUCAAUUAUUUAGGCCAUCUAUACCAAAAUACUACAUCAUUAACCCCUUAUAGUUCUGACUUUAUAAGCGGCUUUGAAGAUUAUCUUCAAACACCAUUGCAACCAUUGAAACAUAAUUUACAGUCUUAUGUUUAUGAGACAUUUGAGCAAGAUCCUAUCAAGUAUUACGAGUAUCAAAGAGCGAUAUCCAAAGCUUUAAUUGAUAAGUAUGAAGAUAGAGUACUUGUUGUUUAUGUUGUUGGCGCUGGUCGUGGUCCAUUAGUAGAUGCUACGUUCGAAGCAGCUAAGGGAUCAAAUAUUAGAGUUGAAAUAAGUGCCAUUGAAAAGAAUGAAAAUGCUUUACCAUCACUGUUCUUAAAAAAUAAAGAAAAAUGGGAAAAUCGUGUUACUAUUAUAAAUGAGGAUAUGCGGUUAUGGAAUCCGUCAAAAAAAUGUGAUAUCUUAGUAUCAGAGCUAUUGGGGUCUUUUGGUGAUAAUGAAUUAUCUCCAGAGUGUUUAGAUGGGGCUCAAAAAUAUUUGAAAAAAGAUGGAAUCAGUAUACCUUCAAGUUAUACUUCUUAUUUAGGACCAAUACAAUCACGUAAAUUGCAUGCAGAAAUAUCGUCCAUUAGGAAAAAUAAUGAUAAUUGUAACUUUCAAAAACCGUAUGUAGUACAAUUAAACAAUGUCUAUUCUAUAGCUCCACCAAAAGCCCUUUUUACAUUUGUUCACCCGAAAAAAAAUGUAGAGGAGAGUAAUGACAGAGACGGGUUUUUGAAAUUCAAUAUAUCCCAAGAUUGCGUUUUACAUGGUUUUGCUGGUUACUUUGAAACGGUACUUUAUAAAGACGUGCGUCUUAGCAUUGUCCCAGAAUCAUUUAGUGAUGGCAUGUUCAGUUGGUUUCCUGCUUACUUUCCUCUAGUAAAACCAAUGUUACUUGAUAAAGGAGAAGAAAUUCAAAUCAAUUUUUGGCGGUGCAGUAACAAGUACAAAGUGUGGUAUGAAUGGUGUAUGACAAAACCAUACCAAAGUAUUAUACACAAUAUAAAAGGUGAAAUGUAUUUUAUGUCACUUUAACUCAUUUUGUUUAGUACAAAUUGUCAAUGUGUUUAUUUUGUAAUAAUUGAAUUAUAUGUUUUUUGUAUUCUAUAAUAUUAUCAAAUCACAAGGUUAAAAAAUAUUUUUGACGACUAACAUAAAUUUGAUUAUUUAUUAUUUGUUUUAAGUCAAGCUGCCAUAAUGUUCAUAAUGCAAUUUUCUUAACCUUAACCUCUACAAUUUAUAUUGAUUAAAUUAAAUUUUGAUUUUGUAUACAAUUAUUAUUUUGUUAUUGAACUCAGUUUUGUGUCUUACUAGUUUUGUGUCUUCAUAUUAAAAAAAAAAAAAUUGUUUGCGAUGAUUGUAUGUGUUUAAAUAGUCCUAAUUUUUUAGAAGACUAACACUAUUAAUUUUAAUAUUAUUGUAUUAUACUGAUUUUCUUUAUAAAACACAUUUACACAGCCUUUA